AACUUCUGUGUUGGUCCAAUAAAAUGGCACAAGUUUAUAAUAUUUUUUGGGUGAAAUGUGUUCUAAUUGUGUUAUUUGGAGUGUUGAUGCAGGAGAGCACAUCAUAUGUGCUGAUUGAAGGCGACAAAAUGGACGAAUCGUCUGUAAGGGGUGUUCAAACACCACAAAUCAAAGAUGUGCGUUCGAAGCGAGCGACAAUGAAUAAGCACAGGUUAUGGAAAUUUGGCGUUAUCCCAUAUGAAAUCGACGAUGAUUUGGGUUUCGAUAGAAUUACCAACAUUAAGGCCGCAAUGAAACACUGGGAAGUUGUUACAUGUAUCAUUUUUGUUGAACGAGAUCCAAUUGAGCAUGAGGACUACAUACGAUUUACACAAAUUUUAGAAUGUACUUGUUGUUCUGAUGUUGGCAAAAUGGGUGAUCGUCAAGUUGUAGGGGUCACCAAUUGCGGUGGCGUUGGUGGCAUAAUUCAUGAGUUGGGGCAUGUAAUUGGAUUUCAUCAUGAAUAUCAACGGCCUGAUCGUGAUGAGUAUAUUGUCAUCAUAAAAGAAAAACCCACCUACGAAGAUUUUUUUUUCAACACGCCUACCAACAAAUUGUCACCACGUGAGUUCGAUACGCUUGGUGAACCAUUCGAUUUUGACUCGAUUAUGCAUGAGUAUAUUGAAACAUUUACCACUCGGCCGAAGAAAGGGAAAAAUGGCAUUGUGCCGAAAAUGCAUCGAAACGAACUAUUGAGUGCAAUUGACAUCAGGAAAACGAAGAAAUUGUAUAAAUGCCCUGAAUGCGGAAGAACAUAUUUGGAUAAAAAAGGUGAAUUCACUUCGCCCCAAUACUACAAUAAUUUAAUAGAUCGCAAAUACUCUUGUGAAUGGCGAAUUAAAGCCAUUAAAGAAGAACGGAUUCUACUUAAUAUUACUGAUUUAGAUACAUUCUUGUUCGACUCAAGUGAUUGCGGAAACGAUUAUUUAGAAGUUUAUGACGGUUAUUGGCAUAAGUCACCGCUUUUGGCACGUUUCUGUGGCGAUAAAAUCCCAGAAAAUAUUGUUUCGAGUGCAAAUAACAUGUUUAUCAGAUAUGUUUCAAGUCACACAGAACAUGAACAUCGUGGUUUUGUUGCAAACUACGAAACUUUUUCGAUUUGACCGGUUGUAUCACCUGUUCUUUGUGUGUGUUAUGUACAGGGCGAAUCAAAAUAUUUUUUUAAAAAGCCAGAA